ACUCAGGCUCCUCCUACUUCCGUUAAGAAACCGCUAUGUGUCAGAAAAAAACAUCCCGAGCCUGAAUCCGCUACUCGGACUCUCUUUUGUUGUCAUCCUCGCCGUCUGGAACACAUUGGUUUUUUGCGGUUUGGAGCCUCUCCGGCUACGUACAGAAAACAUGCCCGGUUUGAGGUAACCUUCCCCGGGGCUGCUACUGCCUCUUCAGCCGGCUGAAGGACGGAGCAGGACGGAUAAAAAGGAGAUGGAGAGGCCGAGCAGACUGCUGUUGGUCUCCGAGCUCCGCGUUCGAAACGCGGCGUACGACGUGAGCCUGGGUCGGUCACUGCUCACCUGGAAGAGACGGGUAUCCAGCCCGGUUUACCACCCUUUCAGACCCAGUAAGACUUUUUCAGUAUUUCUACUCUUUUUCCUGUUUGUAUUAAAAGACCCGUUUGUCUCAGUCUGUGUGUCUGUCGGCCUUAAAACACCAUGAGAUAAACACAGAGGACGUGUUGGACUCGGGGACCGUGAGUGGACCGUAGACUGUGGACCUGUUGAUAAAAUAAUGAUAUCCGAACCAGAACACGAUAACAGUAUUUACGAGGGAGACAUGAUAUGUCUGGUUACGUAAUACAUCAUCCAGCCUGACACACAAUAUGUGGAGGUCACACUGAGGAACACACCAAACCCCAUUCAAUUUUUAUAUAAUUUAAGAAACACAUUGAAACAGAGAACCAGAGUGGGAAAAAAACACGUUAACAUCACUUAUUUUAGCAAACUCAGAAGAUUUAGGUGUAUGUCAGGUAGAUAAUGAUAUCACAUAACCUGUCUUAACCUUUUCUGUAGCUGAGAUGUGAACGUCAAUUAGGAAGUUACUGAUUAGUCCAUAAGAUGCUGACUGCACAGAAGUGGAAAGUUACCAAGUGUAGUUAUUAAUGACACCUCACAGACCUGUCUGUUAAUAUUAAAUAGGCUUUUUUAACCGGUGACAUGUUACUUCAGCCUCCUUGGUGCCACCAAACUCCAUUUAUAAUAACUGUGAUUUUACCUGUUUGAAUAUGGGAGUGAAUAUUGUUUACUUCUGUCUGUUCCUGUUGGUCUUUUUUACGGUGUUGUGACUCUGGUGUUGAAAAGCUGUGGUCAACCAUUCACGUAUUAGUGUAGUGCUUUGCUUUGGCUUCGGUGCAAAAUAACUGCGCUCUAGCUGUCCCUCCUAUAUAUCACAUGUAAAGAUAAAGUGCCCCCUGGAUGCCCUUCCAGUUGAAAUGAUACCAGUACCCUCCAUACAGCCAUCUGUUAAAUGCAUGUAAAAAUAGUGCUCUCUGGAUGCCCUCCCAGUCCAUAUGACAUAAAAACAGUGCUCUUUUGAUGUCAGGCCACCCUUUCAGUGGAUACAUAUUUAAAAAAAGCCCUUCUGAUGCCCUUUGAGGUGGAUCCUAUGUUGAAAUGGUGCCCCGGAUGCCCUACCAGUAGAUACAAUGUUUAAAAAAGUGCCAAUAGGACAAACUUUCAGUGGAUAUACUGAAUACAUGAUGCCUUCAAGAAACUCUUCUAGUAGAUAAGAUGUAAAAAUAGUGAGAUUUGGAUGCCCCUCCAAUACCAACAACAUGUAAAGGUCCUUCUGUAUGUCAUGUGGACAUGCUUAUUAUCCAAAGUAAUAACAGGCAGGGAGAAAACUGGACACCAUGAGUCUGAAAUGUUCUUCUGUUUGGUUCCCCUUUGGAUAGGGUUGGGCGAUAAAAGAUAACGAUAUUGGAAAUUAAUUUCCCUCGAUAUAAAUAUAAAACAUGGUUGAUAUGCUUUUCAGUUAUCGGCAUUCUGCCAUGUUUUGGUUGACUAUACAAAUAGUAGAGCUGAGACAAUAUGCUUUUUUCCCGAUUCAAUUCUUCUACAAUUUUUUUGGAUGCCAAUUCGACUUAAAUUGCGAUUCUAUGAUAUUGCAGAUUUCCUCGAUUUUCAGUCUGCAUUUUUAACACCAGUGAAACAGUUGAAUGAUUCUGAAUGUCUACUGACUAUUCCAGGAAACACAUUUCCUCCCAAAAUACACAUCACAUGUAAGUCAGUUUUUAAGAUUAAUUCUUAAAUUUGAAAAAAAAAAAAAAAAGGUUUUUCAACUUAAAAAUCGAUUUCAAAAUUGUAAAACAAAAAAAAAAAUCGUGAUACUUAUGUGAAUCAAUUUUAUUCUCCCACCCUUAACGAAUAGCCAAUGAAAAGGGGAGUUUCUCCGGGUCCACUUCGCGCUGAACCAAUCAUGUGGUGAAUUAGCCUUAAGUAGCAAACAACUGCGCAGUAGCAGGCUGCAUCUACACGCAACCACAGCACUUUAACAGCGCAACGAUAAAACGUUGAAGAGACACAAAGACCUCACAGAUGCAGUAGCUUGUUGUAUUGCAAAAGACAUGCUCCCAAUAAGCACUGCUAAAGUUCAUUUUUAUAUCAUGAUAUAUAUCGAUAUCGACUGAUAUGAAAAGAAAAUACUGUGAUAAACUUUUCCCCAUAUCGCUCAGCCCUACCUUUGGAGUGAGAAACAGCUCCGUAAGGGUUUUUCCGGGUCUUCCAUUAACCAGACGCUCAUGUCUCGUAUCAACUCAGUCUGUGAAACACUUAGAAAAACAAUCUGAGCGUGUCAGUGACAAAGACAAACACUCACUUGAAUGUAUUUGCCUUCAGGCGUUAAGCCGUGACCAUUUCAGCCUCUCUUACUGCAGCGAGCUGAAGCAGUGUACUGAGCUAUUUCUGGAUCUUUGGACCUUCUAAACAUUUAGACUAAAACAUGAGCUCCGGUUAAAAAACAUCACUGUAAUUCAGCUGAAUCUGACAAGUUUGAAAGUAAGAAGAUGAAUUUACUUUCUGUUGCUGACGAACAGUACCAUAGAAAUCUUAAAAUAUAUCUGUUCUGAACACUUCCUGUUUAGAUCAGGUCUAUGUGACAACGACAAGAUUUGAAUACUCAAAGUAGGAGAGCAGAAGAUUCAGAUCAGACAGAGGCUGCUGCAGGGUUCACUGUGCCCUGAUGUCUGACUGCAGGCUUCACUGUGCCCUGCUCUCUUGACUGCAGGCCUCACCUCAGCUGAUCUUGAUCUCCACAGGGCGAUCACUCUGACUGAAUUGCACUUUGGGAGUUGUAGUUGAUUGAUUUCCAGCUCCAAGAACUCCUGGAGUGACUCAGAGCUACAGCUGAUCACAGACCAGCUGUUCGCCAUCCGCAGCGCUCUGUGUACCUGUCGUCAUGGGGACAACAGAAACACCUGCGGGGUGUGUAACCCUGAGUCAGACAGCUGCGUGUGUGUUUGGGUUUGUGUUUCAGGUGUGAAUCUUUUAUGUCUGACCUGCUGCUCAGAGAGGCUUCGAGUUGCUGAUUGAAGAACAUUUUUCUAUCAGACUUCUGCUGUUUUAAAUCAUGUCACCUCUCCAGUGUGAUGCUGUUUUCUUUGCAUUAUUAUAAAAGUUUCUAACUCUGAGUGAUUCCUCAAAGAUCCUCUGAUGAAGGUGAAACAAAUAUCCUGGCUGAGUUAGUCCAAACACCCUCAAACCGAAGCUCAGAUUUCCUGACGGUGACUCUCUGGGCCGUGUUUGGUAACCUUGUGGUUCUCCUGCAGGGUUUUGUCUUCCUUCUUUUCCCCGUCAACAAGACUCAGGUAGGAGAUGUGAGCUCCCAUGAUGCAGUGGGCCUCCUCCGCCCGCAGGCUGCAGGUUUAGUGGUUUUAGUGCUGCUGUUAGAACAUGUUUCUGUGUUUGAUGUCCGAGCUUUAGACUCUGUUUGUGUGAUCCCAAACUGAUCCUGAGGUUUUCCUCCAAAAUGAUGAUCCAGAGAAUUAAACUUCCUCUCUAAAAUCUGGACUCUGGUCACUCACAUCACUCUUAAAUCAACUUUAACUGUAAUUUUUGAAUGUGGAUGAAAGUCACAUUUUGUAAGAAACCUCAGAGAUGGAGUUGGAGUCGGUUUUGGUGCUGGUUUCCAUCAACAUCAAAUCCAGUAGAAACAUGCUGCUGCUGCCCUCUUCCUCCCCGUCAUCGUCGCUGCUGCUGCUGGGUCACUUAAGGAUGUGUAGUGCGGCUGAAACUAGUUUUAGUGAGUCUGCUCAUCUGCUUUAGUUUAGACUCGAGAUUUCAGACUAAUCUGCUGAAGCUGCUGUAGAGAAAUCCGGUUUGAUCAGAAGCUUUUGUGAGUCUGCAACAACAAGGAGACGACACUUGAUCAUAUACACUUUAAUACUUAUGAGUGAGCACUGGUGUGUGAUUUUUACAGUGUUGAGGAAACGUGGGAGGUAAAAGAUAGAGCACUAAACACACACACACACACACACACACACACACACACACACACACACACACACACACACACACACACACACACUCUGCUAUUUCCUCCUCUGUAACGUCUCUUUUUCUACCACUAAUUCCAGCUGAGUAGGACAGCACUUAAAGGGAUAUUCCGGCAUAAAAUUGAUUUAGGGUCAAACACACCGUAACACCGAGUUAGACACCCCCUAACUGAGAGAUGAAUGUUGCCGACCGCUUGCUUCUCUAGUUAUACCAACUUUAGUAACGACCGCAGGAUAGAAAUACAGAGAACCGCUCAACCAAAACGCCACUCUAUAGCCACAAAUAAUGCUGAGAACAGCACCUAACUUCAUCAACAGGACAUUUAGUGUCACAGACAUUGAAAGAGACUAAACACAACUCACCUACUCUCUUACAGCAGACACUUGUUUGUAGCGAGACCUCAGGCCAAUCCAUUACGGACUACAACGGAGUUUCGCAGCUCAAGGAAGAACAUUUAUGAUCAUUUCUUCAUGGAAAUGCAAUCAGACUGAGACGCUAAGGCAGAAGAACUACAGCGUCUGCAGAGUAAAAUGAUUAAUAUGGUGAUUAUAACUUCCAGGAAAUGAUAAAGAAAUUAUCAUAAAUGUUCUUCCUUGAGCUGCGUCACCCCGCUGUAGUCUGUACAAACAAGCGGCUGCUGGAAGAGAGUAGGUGAGUUGUGUUUAGUCUCUUUCAGGUAAAGUUAAAAAGAUGUUUGGUGUCUAGUACUAUGGCUGUGACCCUGUAUGUCCUGUUGAUGAAGUUAGGUGCUGUUCUGAGCAUUAUUUGUGGCGUUUUGGUUGAGCGCGUGACUCUCUGUAUUGCUAUCUUCGGGGCGUCUAACUCGGGGUUACGGUGUGUUUGACCCUAACUUAAUUUUACACCAGAAUAUCCCUUUAAGGAAACACGAGAGCUAAAAGAUGGCGCCUUACACAAAUACUCGGCCAGCUCCAGCUGAGUGGGACAGCACUUAAAGGGAUAUUUCAGCAUUUUUGAAGUGAAGUUGUAUGAGUUACGUGUCGGUAGUAAGUGUGUGAGUCAGCGUCCUGUUUCUCAGUGAAGGAGCUCAUCAUCUAUUCUGGCUCAUAUCUACUUGGAAUGACGUUUAAGUUAUGCAACCGCUCUUCAAAAAUGCGGAAUAUCCCUUUAACUUGCAGGGUGGAAAGGACUGUCAUACGUCUGUUUACUGCUGGUGUUAACACGUCUAUCGUCUUUGUCAGCAAACACACGGCCUCUUCAUGCUGCUGAGUCUAUAAAAACAUCACUAUUUAAAGGCUGUGAUACAGACAGAGACAGAGAGACGUGACGGAAACUCUCAGCCUGACGUUUCUCUGCACUUAAACGGUUUAUCUGUGUGAAAUGAGCUUCAUACUGGAGUCUCUGUUCACAGUGAGAAUCACACAAAUGGAUCAGUGUCUCUCACUCGGGUCUUUGAACGCCUCUCUGUCUUUAUUUUUAAACAUGAUGAGCUGCUUGAGGAUCACAUCAGUCGGAAACACUGAGCCUCUGUCUCUCCUGUGACCCUCAUCCAUGUACAGGACCGACCUCAUCGAUCUUCUCUGGAGAUUAGAGCCGAUACUGACGUUUGAACAACAAUCAAACUAACAUCAGUGUGUCUUUGGGAUCUCUAGUGUCAGAUUUUUAAAGUAGCUGUUAGCACCUCCUCUGAAGACCUUUGUACUACUUCCUGUUUGUUUGGAUUAAAAUAGACCACUUCUUCCUGUAGGAGACAGCUAUCUGAUUUUCAGAAUAUCAGGCACAACAUCAAAGUUUGUCAAACAUCGGCCACAUAAAAGAUUUCCUUCCUUUUAUUGUGUAGAUCUUUUCCGUCAUGUCUCUGAAUAACAAAAAAACAUGAAGAUUCAGUCCUGGAAUUUAAAGUUAACCAGCGUUCUGAAGGUGCUUUCAGGUCAGGGCUGGGCGAUAAACCGAAAAUUUACAGAUACUGAAAUUUAUGACAAUAACCGACGUCAUUUUGCAGGGCUUGACACAAACUUUUUUUCACUCACAUGUUCUCCUAAGUUGAAAAAGUAAGGAGCACACAAAGAACUUUAGAGGCACAAUGAAAAUUGAUCAAAUAAUGUUCGUCUUAUUGGUUGACAUAGGUGCUAUUAUUUGAAAUCAAUUUUAGGUCAGUUGGUCACAUGACAUGGAAGCUAUUGAAGGAAAACAGCCUUUUCUAAGAACAUCAACCGGUAAUUUAUUGACGGUCCCUUAUUUAACACCGGUCGUCAGAUUUUUUUUAUGUGCACAUGUGCCCCUAAAUACAUUUUACAAUUCGCACACAUCUGUUUUUAGUUGCAAAUGCGAGUGAAACGGUCACACUGUCGAGCCCUGUUUUAUUUUGUAGAUCUUUUCCUUCGUGUCUCUAAAUAACACGUGAAAAACAUGACGAGGGAAAGACAGGUGAGGAGAUGGAGGACGGUUCAGAAGUUGUAGCGGCUGAAGUGGACGAAGUUAAGGUGGGAGGGGGUGAGCAGCUUGUGGAGUAGUUAUCGUCCAUUUAUCGUUACCGAGGUGAACUGAUCAAUAUAUCAGGAUAUUGAUUUGAGGACAUAUCGCCCAGCCCUAUUUCAGGUGCUGUAGAUAGGCUCGGGAAUAUUAGACGUAGCUGAUCUGUGCGGUACACUGACAAACUGUGUGUGUGUGUGUGUGUGUGUGUGUGUGUGUGUGUGUGUGUGUGUGUGUGUGUGUGUGUGUGUGUGUGUGUGUGUGUGUGUGUUGUCAGGUGUGUGUCACAGCGUGUCCGUGUCAGAGAUCAUCUCUGUCCGUGAGGAAGAGGAGGAGACCAGCAGCAGACGAAGAAAAGACGAUGGCAGCUGGAAGAAGAUUAAAGAGAGAGAGGGGAAGGACUGCAGGCUGGCCUUCACAGGUGAGCACGCCGCCGAGCACGGCGAGGAAACGCAGCUGUGCGAGCAAAUCCAAAAACAUAGUCCACGCGUCAACAAGAAAAAAGACAAUUUACCUGCAAAAUUUCUGUUUAAAAUCGAGAAGCACACCUGAAAACGGUCGUUUUGUUGAUUUGCGUCUGUCUGGUUUCAGUGAUGUACGUGGAGAGGGGUCGGCAGCACCGCUGGCGGUGUGCCGAGGUCACCUUCAUCUGUCCAGAGGAGGCGCUGUGUCAACGCUGGGUCAGCAGCAUCAGAGAGCAGCUCAGCGCCAUCAGUAAGAGUUCACAUCGACACACUCCGACUCAAACUCAUCUCCACCCUGAAGCUCAAAGCUCGCAGGUGGAGCUGAUGUAAAAAUGAAAACCUUCAGAGUAUUUCUAUUUUAACCUUCUGUUUCAACGUUCCGGUCCACAGCCAGCAGACCCAAACACCUGCUGGUCUACAUCAACCCCUACAGCGGGAAGAAACAGGGCAAACACAUCUACGAGCAGAAGGUGGCGCCGCUCUUCGCUCAGGCCGGCGUCUCCACAGACGUCAUCGGUACGUCACAUGAUAACCCCUCACUGCUCGUCUUUCUGUAUCAGCGGACGUCUGUUUGAAACGCUUUGUUUCUCUGUGUUUGACGCCGCAGUGACGCAGUUCGCCAACAAUGCGAGGGAUCACCUGAGGACGGAGGCGGAGCUGAAGAAGUUUGACGGGUGAGCGUUUCGUUUAAGAGUUUUUUUAUACACCAAUCAAUCAGGUUUGACCUCUGACCUCUCCUCCGGUUUCAGGGUGGUGUGCGUCGGAGGAGACGGCAUGUUCAGUGAGAUCAUCCACGGGCUGAUCUGGAGGAUUCAGAUCGACGGGGGCGUUGAUCCAAACUGUCCGGAGGAAACGCUCGCUCCCUGCUCGCUCCGCAUCGGGAUCAUCCCCGCAGGUGAGAGAGAGAGAGAGAGAGGGAGAGAGAGGGAGAGAGAGGGAGAGAGAGAGAGAGAGAGAGAGAGAGAGAGAGAGAGAGAGAGAGAGAGAGAGAGAGAGAGAGAGACUCCUCAGUUUCACGUUCAGAUGAUGUUUUUCGAGUAUUUUGAGUCAGCUGUAGGUCCUGGAGCGUCAGAGCUUCAACAUCCUGAUGGUUUGAGUUGAACUUCAUGUUUUCACUGCGGUCUGGUUUCUCCUUUUUUUACUUCUCUAAAAAUAAAAACCUUUAAAUAAAUCAAACACAGAAACAUCCUCGCUCUGACGCUCACUCACUCUCUCCUACGCUUCCACAGACUCAUUAAUAUUCUCUGCAGCCCACUCUCUGAGUUACGUGUGUUUGAGGCGGUUUCCUCUCUUCGUCUUUCAGGUUCGACGGAUUGCAUCUGCUUCGCCACCGUGGGCACCAACGACCCCGUGACCUCCGCGCUGCACAUCAUCAUGGGUCAGUCACAUCAUCAGAUAAAAACAUGAAGAGUUUCAGUUUCAAAUGUGGAUGAAAAGAAGAGAGAAAUGACACAUCUCCACCACCAGAGGGCGCUGUGUGUAGUAUGAGAUUCACAUGUAGAUGCUGAGGAGUGAUAAGAUGAUAUCUUGAAGCCUUUUAGUCGAUCAGAUGGUGAAAUUUUUGUAGUAUGACGUUCAUUAUACUGUAGUUUAAACUUGGCGCUCCACAUCGAUCAUCUGUUACUGUGGCGCCCUGUGCUUGUAUAUUUGGAAAUAUACAAGCACAGAACAUAGGACACAUGACCCCAUAUAUAAGUGUUGACAUAAAUUCAAAUAACAAAGCGUUUUCAGUUGAGGAUAUGCUCUACCCACUAUUGAACUAUUAAUAUAUGUAACUACAUUUGCAGUUUACCUGUAAAGUGUGCCAAAUAAAAAUAGAUAUUAAAGAGCGCAGUUAUAACACAAGACACAAACAAACAAAAGGAUUUUUAAAAUGGUGGAAUACAAGGAGGAAAAAACAAAACAAACAAAAAUAAAAAAGGACAGGUCAUACUGUAGACGAUUUAUGAACAGAUUAGAACAAGAUAAUACGAUCAACGUGAGGGCAAAGGAAAGAGAAAGAAAGUAAUAAUUAAUAAAUAAAUAAAAUAUUGCACAAAAUGUUUUGGAAAUGGUUCUGAUAUUAAGGAGAAGAAACAGGUGUAAAGGUAAGAUCCUGAGAUGGAGACUGAAAUUAUUAUUAUUAUUAUUAUUAUUAUUAUUAUUAUAUAAAGGACAGAUACUCCUAACAAGAGGAGUAAACUAAAUGUUGACAGGUAGGACACUCAGUCCACCUUCAUGUGUUAGAAUUGGGUUUCAUAUUAAAUGAAAUUUAUUCUUAGUCCCUCUAAAUGAAUAUUUUAUCUUCUCUAGUUGAAUAAAAUUCAUCACGUCUCUUGACCAUGUGGAUAACUUGGGUGGGUUUUGAGGUAAAUAUAAACACAGCUCUGUCCCUCAGCUGUGCAGGUGAGGUAAAAGAUGGAGGUCCAGAUAGAGAGUUUGACCCGGGGUCGGACAGAAUCAGGGAAUAAUAAUCUUACCGUGACUGACAGGAAUAAUCAGACCUUUACUCCUUUAUACGUGAUCAUGACCAAGGCUUUUUAUAGAGGUCCUCCUCCUCUCAACAGGUUUUUCUUGGUGUUCUUGAAAAGACAAAUUUAGCUUCAUGUCGGCCGCUGUUCACCGUAGACUCAUCUAGAAAGCCUCGGAUUACAGUGUUCAGAUUAAAAUCACAUUAUUAAACCAGACAGGUAUUUCGGAGCACAGGUGUUGUGCUGCCAUCUAGUGUCGUAUCAUCAUGAAUUAAUCGAGCCACCUGUCUGAGAUUAUCUGAGUUGUCUUUCAGUUUUAUUUUUUACCAGGGUUUCUGCUGCAUCUUAAAAAGUCUUAAAAUGUCUAAAAUUCUAUUAAAACCUCAUAAAAUAUCUUACAUAGACAUCGGAAAGGCCUUAAAAUGUAUAAAUGUUACUUAUAAAUGAAGAUUGAUUUGGAGUUAGUUUAAAAUGUUCAGAUUUCCCAUCAUGUCUUUUGUAUUUUUUUGCCAGUAUGGAUGUAAAAUGGAUCUUAAAUUGUUUUCAUUAUGGUCUUAAAAAAGUCUUAAAAAGUCUUAAAUUUGAGUUGUUGAAAUCUGCAGAAACCCUGUUGUAAAUUCUGAAAUACGUUGAGGGGUUUGACUUCAGGUGUCAGGUCCACAUUUGAGUCCAACAUGAAGUGGUUUCAGCUCCAGACUUCACUGAUCUCAUGUGUCGAUGUGUUCAGGAGACUCUCAGCCGAUGGACGUCUGCUCCGUUCACCACAACAACACCUUCCUGCGGUACUCGGUCUCCCUGCUGGGAUACGGUUUCUACGGCGACGUGCUAACUGACAGUGAGAGGAAGAGGUGGAUGGGACCGGCCAGAUACGACCUCUCAGGUGAGUCAAGGUCAAACAGUUUACUCUGAGAAGGAAAGCAGCUCCUUUUUUAAAACCAGGAACUCUUUCACAGCUUUAUUAGUGAGAUAGCAGAGAUUCCAAUACAAUUCUGCCCCAGACUUUUUGUUUUGGGAGAUGACUCUGUCCUAACAGAGGGGAGUAAGCACAUUAAAAGCUGGAUCCAAACUAGCAUUAUGACAGGAAGACAGAUAUUACUCAGGGAAUGGAAGACUGAGGGGGUGCCCUCAACACAGGAGUGGUCUGCUCAGUUGGCUAAAGUGGCAGCCUUGGAAAGGUUGUCAUGGAAGUCAUUUGGUAGACUUGAGGUUUAUUAUAAAAAAUGGGGGAAAUACCUAUCUUUCUUGGAGGACAAAACAUCAGAUGUAUGAGUAGAGAGAUGCAUUCUUUUAUUUAUUUAUUUUUUAAUUUAUUUUUAAUAUCCUAUUAUUCUAUUGUUUGUUCUUGUUUCAUUUUAUCUCAUUGUGCAUACCUAGCUACUGUGAUAUGAGAACUACAUUUAUGUACAGCCAAGAAUCAUUUGUAAAGUUGGGUGACUUUUUGUUUUGUUUUGUUUUGUUUUGUUUGUUUAUGGGUGGGGGGUGGAGGGGGGGUUAAAUGUGUUGUAUGCCUACUAUGAAUGUAUAUGGUUUCCUGAGUGCCAUAUUAAUACAAUAAAAAAAUGUUAAUUACAAAAAAAAAAAAAAAAAAAAAAAACCAGGAACUCUAAAAAUAAAACUGCUGUCAGGAUUUGGACCAAAAUAAGAAUCUGAAGUUUAUUUUAAGGGUCCGACAGAACCAUGUCUGUGAUCUGUUUUUAAAUCACCUGACAGACAAAGUUAUAAAAAAACGAUCUACUACUUUAAUACUGGAGCUGGUUUCAUGUGGACUCUGUGACUCCUGCAGGUCUGAAGAUGUUCCUGACUCAUCACUACUAUGAAGGAGCCGUGUCCUACCUACCAGCCAGAGGCAUCAUGGGAACCCCACGGGAUGCUGUCAGGUGCCGAUCCGGGUGAGAGAGAUUUCCAAGAUGUGUGAAAAUGUCCUCGCAGUUUGUCGAAGUUUGAUUAAAAUUCAACGUCUUAAAAAAAGGCGAAAGUUUAACGUGAUGUGGUUUAAAAUAACGACAUCUGUCUGUCGCUCUGCAGCUGUGCUGUUUGUCAACACAACGGACAGCUGCUGUCGGAGAGAGCCGAGAGAUACGAGAUGGACGAAGCUUCAGACAGCGGUAAGUCCAACGAACUGUCAAACUCAAGUGCAGUGAUCCCAAAUCCACCUUUUCACGCUCUUUUUAUUCCAUGUAGGUGUUUGUCGUCGAUUAAAACAUUAUUCAUUCGUCAUUUUUAGAAAUUGAGUGGGCUAAGACAGGAGCCCUGGGGAACGCCACAGGAUAAUUUAGCGUAAUACUCCUUUAAAGUUUAAGAAAUAUCUUCACCUCCUUUGAGUCGUGUCCUGUCAUCUUCUUUUGCAGAUUUUUUUAAUUCCAGGUUUAAAAUAAUAAAAUUCCCGCUGAGCUCUUCAGGAACUUCUCCUCAAACAGAUUUCAGAAGAUUCAGGAGGAUUUUAGGAUUUAAUUUUGCCGCGACGCCAACUGAACUCCAAGUCUGAACUUUGUGGUUUCGUUCGCAGAGAGCGACGGCGAGUGGAGGACCAUCCGAGGGAAGUUCUUGGCGAUAAACGCCGCCAGUAUGAGCUGCGCUUGUCCUCGCAGCCCCAAAGGUCUCUCACCUGCUGCUCACCUGGCCGACGGCACCACCGACCUCAUCCUGGUGCGAAAAUGUUCCCGCUUUGACUUCCUCAGACACCUCCUCAGACACACCAGCAAAGACGACCAGGUACUGAGUCACAGUUGUAGGUCCGAGCCCGUCUUCAGGUUUUGAUCCAGACUCCAGGUAGACUGACGCCCUCUCUGUCGUUCUAGUUUGACCUGACCUUCGUGGAGGUCCACCGGGUUCGUCGUUUCCGCUUCACGCCGCGUCACUGCCAGAGCGACUCGGACCUGGAGCUGGAUCUGCGGGAGAACGGCAAACGCCAGAUCUUCAGUCAGAUAUGCAGAGACCACCCGGCUUGUGGCUGCACCCCCGCCUACAGCAGCUGGAACUGCGAUGGCGAGAUCCUGACCCACACGGCCAUAGACGUCAGGUACCGCGACCUUCUGAGCGUCUCGCUCUGGUUUCACUUUUCUCAAACCUCGUCUAAACCUCGCUCUUUCUCCUGGUUUCAGAGUGCACUGCCAGCUGAUCAAGCUGUUCGCGCGAGGGAUCGAAGAACCCACCGUGUUCGAGGAUCUCACCAACCCCUGUGCAAUAUGAACACAAGCCCCGCCCCCUUUUUUCCCCCCUCGUAACACUGGAGUCGUCUUUUAAACUCUGCUGUCUACGUCGCUGCUGUUACUGCCAUCGUCUAAAACUCAUCUCAUUGGCUGUUACACAAACGAGAUCAGGAACAAAAGUCUGCGGACCUAAAAAAGACCCCCAAACUGGACCCCCAAACCGGACCCCCAAACCUGACCCCCAAACCAGACCCUCACUGACAGUAAGAGUGAUGUAGCGGCACGACACACACGUCAAAUCUUAUUCGCACUUUAGCUAGUUUCAAAACGCCGUGAAUUUAAAGUUACCUGUUACACGUUUGAGGAUGGCGGAUCAUUGGGGGUCUGAAGUCCUCUCUAACGCUGAGACCCGUUUCUUUGACCCUCUUCAGGUUUCUGUUACAGAUCUUUGAGCCUCUGAACAGCUGAUUUCUUUUUUUUUAGUUUAGAUUAACAGCGAUUGAAAAAAAGAGAAAAUCGUAGAUGUUUUAGUUUGACUCAAAGUCUUUUCAAUCUUCCAUUUCUUCUUCUUCUUCUUCUUCUUCUUCUUCUUCUUUAUGCAAAUCAACUCAUUUCAACAUGAACUCGUAUCAAAGUGAAUCACUGACAAACCGUGAAGAUGUUCCGUCUUCAGGAUGAGCUGGAGUUGUAGCCAUGACGUCAAACUUUCCUUCAGUCUGACGUGACGCUGUGAAAUCUGUUCAUCAUGUGCUGUAAAAACUUCUAAAUAUCAUCUCGAACCUUCGACGGAUGAUGAAAGAGUCACAGGAGGAAAAAACACUAAAACUAUCUGAUCAUGAAAUAAGUCUGAACGCGGCAAAACAACGGAAAAAACAGAUUUCUGAACAUAUGGAGAGAAGUCGGCGCAGACGUGUUCAGCUUAAAGCAGCACCCUCGAGUCGAAAUUUUAAUCCUAUCGUGUCUUUGACUUUUCUUGAAGACCACAAACAUCUGCUGAAAAGUCUGAAAUUUUUAAGAUCAAGUCGACAAAUACAGACGGAGGAUUAGGGCCACGCAGAGGGAGAAAAAUGUGGAUUUUUCAGGGUGAAGUUGUAAUAUUAUGGUGAGGAUUUGAAAGAAUAAAAUCUGUAUGAUGAAAAAGAUAAAAAGUUUUAGUUUUGUAGGAAAGAAGUGGUGAUAAGAUGAAAUAUACGGAGGUAUCAGGAAAAAUAGAAGUGUAGAUUAUCUGGAAAUGAAACCAACAGCUGAGGACAAACAAUCCUGAUACCUCUGUGUGAGUUUUUAGUCCUUUUUUAAACUCGUAUAUAAGAGCCGUCAAACGUCACCUAAAAGUUGACUGGAGGGAAACAGAAAAAACAGUCUCAUCUGGAGGACUCUUUAUGUGACUCUUACCACACAUUAAGUAUAUUUCCUUCAUAUGUCUGUAGGAAAUAUAAUGUGAUGUUGUUUAAGAAAUACUUUUUAAAAGAGAUGAGCAACUGGAACUCACUUAAAAUACACAAAAAGGUUUUUAAUGUCCGUUUAUUAGACCUCCAGUCACAGGACAGGUUGUUAGUACAGUUUGACGGCGGCAGACUUAAACGUACAAAUUUAUCAUAUAGAUGUUUGAUCAUCAUGUUCGGGGUUUUAUCGUCAUUCAGUUUUAUCCUUUAAAUUUCCAGACAUUAAGGCAGAGUACCUGGAGGGUCGAUCUCUUCUGUAUUUCUGACUUUUUUAAUGACUUUAUUUCUUUUUUUGUAAAAUCUCUAAUUCCAUGUCGUGGCCCUAAUCCUCCGUUUUAGCAGCUGCGCUCUGUAAUUGAAGUCUCUUGUUUAACUCAAAAACAGUAACAAAAUAUAUACAGCAGGUAAAGAAACAUUUCAGUCGUUCAGUAAAAAUGGAUGAUCUCUUUCUUGGAUAUAAACUGGAGUGAAGUUUGAAGGUCCUACUCUCUCUAAAGUUGAAUCUUCACAGUUGACUCUCCUGAUCUCUGAAUCCCCUCCACAGCUGCAGCUCUCAGCCUGUUGUAGCCUGAUGUUGUUGAUGAUUUUCUCUGCUCAACACUUAGCAGGGUGAUUUUUUUUACAUAUAUAAACAAACACAAUCAGCAUGUAGCACCAUCAGCUGUAGUUUCUUCUCAUUUAGUCUGAGGUGGAGUUGCUUUGACUCCUUCAAACCUCAGGAUGGCGUUGUAGAGAUUUUCUCAUCGUCCAGCACUCGUGAUGUGAAAAACAACAACAUGAUGAAAACUGACCCUGAAGAUGAGCCGGACUACAAAGUGGACUGUCAGACCACACAUGCUGUUUGUUCUUCAGUUCUGCUGUCCUGGAGCUGGACUCUAAACCACAGCGGAGUGAACCAGUAGCAGCUCAUGGUGCUCCACAAAAACACCAACCAAUCAGCUUUCUCCUCUUCUUCUUCUUUACCCGAACCAAAAAUACCAGCCGGAGUUUGAGGAUGUAGCCGCGUCUCUGUUGUAGCUCCAUCUAGAGGUCAUGGAACACGUUUAAGAACAGGACCGCUUGGACCUUCUGGGUCAAAUCAGAACUUUUUGUGGACCUGUGAAGACCUUCAUGAAGGUGUUCCACAAUCAAGAGUUAAAAUGUUUGCUGUAAAACUUUCCAACAUCAUACCAAAUGUUCGACGCAUGUCCUCCCAGAGGUCGACUGAUGAAUUUGGAGGUGACACAAAUAUUUAUUGACCUUUUAGAUGUCGUCGUGUAAACUCUUGCAUGUUUUCCUAAACUGGUGAGCGCUGAAGGUCGGUGGAGAAGUUUACUCCCCAGAAAUGAAGACGUGGACUGAUUCUCUCAGAGUGCGGUGUUGAGAAAAUGAGAAAGUCUUCAGUCGCUGAUGUGUUUGAUACUUUGCUUAAAACAUGAAGAACACGUAGAAUGAAGGAGUCGUGCUGAAAACUGAUUUCUGUUUUUAUUGCUAAUGAUUAAAAUCUUUAUAAUCUUCUGGAUGAGUUAUCCCAGAAAUAUCGAGUAGUCCCUUAAACUUUUCCCUCGUUUUUGACUGAAAGAAUUAGUUUAAUGCACUCGUAUCUGUCGGCUAAUAAGAGACAGUAUUUAUCUGCAGAGCUGUAGUUUGAAAAGUAGUUUUAACUUGUAAAUCAGUCGACCUCUCGCUGUUAUCGGAGCUGUAACUGAAUCUUUACCUUCUGCUGUAGCGGUUUCAUUAUCAGGAAUAAAAACACAUAUUCAACUCACAUGUGUGCAGAGUGGUGGAUUUAUUUUAGAUAGGAGCCUCCAGUGGAAAAAUAAG